AUGGACAGGGCCAGGCGGCAGCAGGCACUGAUCCUUCUCCCCACUUGCCUCGCCCUUUCCUUCUCCCUCACUGCCAUAGUCAGCAGCCACUGGUGUGAGGGGACCCGGCGGGUGGUGAAGCCGCUGUGCCAGGACCAGCCGGGAGGGCUGCACUGCAUUCACUUCAACAAAGGUAAUGGUAGUGAUGGCGGCAUGGAUGAUGGCAACCAGGCUGUCCAGUACAUUUGGGAGCUGGGGGACGACAAGUUCAUCCAGCGCAUGUUCCAUGUGGGGCUCUGGCAGUCCUGUGAGGAGAGCCUCAACGGCACAGAUGAAAAGUGUAGGAGUUUCCAGAGUGUAGUACCAGCUGAAGAACAAGGUGUUUUGUGGCUGUCCAUCGGGGCUGAGGUCCUGGAUGUCCUUCUGAUAUUGAUAAGUGCCAUCCUCCUGGGCUCCGGAGUGAGUUGUUGCAGCUCUGGUUUAAACUGGCUCAAGGUGGAUGCCUCUGUGGCCAUUCUCAUGGUACUGGCAGGGCUCCUAGGCAUGGUGGCCCACAUGAUGUAUACAACCAUUUUUCAAAUCACUGUGAACCUUGGGCCAGAAGACUGGAAGCCUCAGACGUGGGACUAUGGCUGGUCAUAUUGCCUCGCCUGGGGUUCUUUCGCCCUCUGCAUGGCUGUGUCGGUCACGGCCAUGAGCAGAUACACAGCAGCCCUCCUGGAAUUCACAGAGAAGCAGAGGGCACAGAAAGGCAGUCGGCACUCUCAACACAAAUUCCCAGAACCUGAGGCUUUGAAGAAUGCUUGGGAAACAGGAGCUGCUCCUCGCCCUACUGGACAUGCCCUCACAAAUAUUUCUGGGCACCUGCCACCAGGUGCUCCAGGCAAGGUAUCUAUGUGCUAG